UUUAGGACGUUUAGUUCAUGCCCACGUGAUUAAAUUCAGAUUUAGGUAUGACCCUUUUGUUCUUAGCGCGUUAGUUGAGUUUUAUGCAUCAAUUCAUGAUAUGGUUUGGCCUCGUUUUUGUUUGAUAUAAGUCCUGAGAGAGAUGCGGUUAUGUGGACGGUGAUGAUUGAUGGGUAUGAAAAGAUGGUGGAUAUUGGGGAUUCAAGAGCCUUUUUUUUUAAAAGAAAUGCCGGAGAGAAUGCAAUAAUGGGAGCUCUUUCUCAGUGUUCUCACUGCUUGUCCUCGUCUUGGUGCUGUGAUGCAAGGCCAUUGGAUUCACUACCUGGAAGGGUGCACAAUCUUGGUCACCAUGAUUUCAAGGGUUUGCAAUUUGUGGAGAUGUAAGGAAAUCACUUGAACUAUUUGAUCAAAUGGUUAUAAGUGGUAUUCAACCUACAAUCACUUGAACAAUUUGAUCAAAGGGUUAUAAGUGGUAUUCAACCUACAGAGACAACAUUUGUUGUUUUCCUAUCUGGUUAUAUGCAUGUGAAGAUGGGUAAGGCGGGGGCUACAAUGGUUUGAACAAAUGAGUAGUGUCUAUGGGGUUGAACCUCAGCUUGAGCAGACUGCGUGUAUUGUUGACCUAUUGGACAGAGCAGGUAUGGUAGAGGAAGCUGAGAAUUUUAUAGAGGAGAAGAUGGGAGGGUUGGGAGGUGGAGAUGCUAACAUUUGGGGAGCUCUACUAGGUUGUUGUAGAACCAAUGUCAAUGUGGAAAUUGGAAAUAGAGUCUGGAAGAAGCUUGCAGAAAUGGGAAUAUCUGAUUGUGGUGUUCAUAUUGUUUCGUAUAACAUGUUUAGAGAGGCUGGUUUGGAUAUGGAGGCAAAGCGAGUGAGAAAAUUGAUUUCAGAAGCUGGAAUGAAGAAGAAGCUUGGUUGCAGCAUGAUAGAAGUUGAUGGCUUGGUUAAAAAGUUCCUUGCAGGUGAUCUUUCUCAUCCAUAUGCACUGGGAGGAGUAUACAGGACACUUGAGCUUCUUCUUAAAAUAAUGGAUUUUGGAGGAAAUUUAAUGUGGAAUGCCGAUUUAUUUGGUGAACUACUAAAUUUCUUAUUUCUUGAAUGCUAUAGGCUCUCCCUUCGAUUCAUCUAUGCAUGUUUUUAGAAAAUCACAACAUUUUCUUAAACAAAAUAAUUUAUUUUGAUAUGGAUUUGGAUGUAAAUUCUUCAGAUUUUGACACAUUUGAACAGAUACUAGAAAAUCUCCUGGCAAACAUGUGUAAUCG